AUAUAUUUUCGGCCAUUGUCGAAGCGUUUGUUCGGUGCUACAAAGUAAGAUUACAAGUUUUAAUAAUUCAAUGGAAAUGCGUGAAUAUUCCGCUUGUGAGAAUAAUGUUAGUGCAGAAGAUGCUUUCACAAAUAUAGUGAAUGCAAUCCUUCAACUGACGGCUGAUAUCAAUGCAGAUUUUCCAACAGAAACAGAAUUAUCUUCUUCUGAUUCUGACGACGAAGAGGAGGGUGAUUUCUGGUUUUUGGAAAGUACUCGAUGUGAAAAUAGACCUUUGAAGAAAGAGUUUUUAUUUUUAGAGGAGCAUUCAUUGGUCAAGAAAAUAAUAUAUGAAGAAAAGGAAGAAGUGGAGGUGUUGGUUGAAGGAAAGAAUAAAAAAGAAGAGAUGACAGGAAAAAAUAAAAAGAUUAAAAAAUUAAGUCGAUUGGAUAAUAGGAGAAAUAAUGAUAAUAGAUUCGCAUACAAAAGUGAAUUGGAUGAUAAUGAUGAAGAAACGACCAAAUGUUUCCAUAUUUUUGUGGAUUUUUUCCGCAGAUUUCCAUCUAUCAUCUGUUCCUGUUUAAAAAGAAAAAAGUAAAAUGUCGGAAUGUAGAUCAUCGUUACAUUCCGUUUAGCUAAAAAAAAAGAAAAAAAAGUUAUAUUUUUUUAAAUAUUAUUAGAAAAAUCUAUUGUUCUUACAAUUAUAACGAAGGCACAUUACAAAAUUAUUUGGUCCAAAUAUCUGGUGUGCAACUUUCAUUGGCAGGCGCCAACGUAUAAUCUGCUCUAUACUUUCGGCCGAAUUAUUAAUGCUUAAUAAAAACAGAGCGAAAGAUAAUUUCUUAUGCAUUGGAGAAGUCAUUAAAAUGUUAUUGAAGGUUAUCAGAGGAAAGAAAGCAAAGGUCAUCAGAAGGAUAUGUCAAGGUGUCCCUUCGUAGAGGCAUAAUCACCAUACUUGUCUCUGCAAGGGAAAAAGCGAAAGACAUAAGAAGGAAUUGGCAAGGUGUUCCUUCGUGGAGACAUAAUCACCGUACUUGUCUCUGCAAGGAAACAAAGCGGAGGUCAUCACAAUAAAUUGUCAUGGUGUCCCAUUGUGGAGGCAUAAUCACCAUACUUGUCUCUGCAAGGGAAGAAACCAACAAAGUGACAAUUGAAAUAGUAAAACAGAAAUCUGUUAGCCUUUAAUAAUAGUUCGAUUAAGUAACAAAAUAAUGAAUCGUGGCAUGAGAAAUGCUAUUUUUCGUAAAGAUAAAAGCUUCUUUUUAAUGAAAUCUUUAAGGCAUCGGCAAAAUUUUUUUUUGAAU